AAUACAUGCAUGAAUUUCUCUGGCGAAUAUUUCAGUCAAAAGUAUAACUUCUAAACAUUAAAACAAUCGAAUCACGUCCAUGGAAAGUACGUCCUCCAUGUUUCGCCGCUAUAUAUUGGCGAAAUGGAACCAUUUGUUAUGAUGUCUCUCCAACUAGCUGGAGCUAACCAUUGAAUCAGAAGCGCAAUGUUUACGAGGAAUCCCAAAGCUUUCUUGUUAUUGUUUGGAUGUUUACUCCAGACCUACUUUUCACUUGGAAAACAAGGAAGAACUAAAGAACUAAUACUUCGAGGAACAAAGUCCGAUGGAUCUCAAAAAAGUACCAUGAAAAUGAGUAUCAGCCAAAACAGGAUUCAAGAGAAAUAUGCUGGCAAGUUAUUCGGCCGUAAAAAUACUGCGAAAAUGGAAAUUCAUCGAUCUGUAAUAGGACUGCACCGGAAUAAAAUCAUACACGGAAGGUCCCAUAAUGGGAGGCUUAUGGAAGGAAUAGGAAGACGACAAGUAGGUUACAGAGUUUUCUGACUGUGAUAAGCCUCGCUAAAUUUUCCGCCAGUCUUCAGGGCUUUACUUCCGAUCACCGAUUCGCUAACUCAGAAAAAAAAACUAUCGAGAAAGGAGAAGAACAUGCAAGGCGCUCUCAGCUUUGUGGGAAAAGGCCAUCUUCAACCUAUUUUUUUUUCAACAAUAUAAAUUAUGAGCUCGAGAUUUCUAUCACGUGAUAGUCAGUGAGGGCGAGGCGCGAAUCAACCAUCGUGCAUAAAAAUCGUGAGCUAAUAAUUUAAUCGUUCUUAUAAUAAAUCUACUAGUAUUUGUUUAAAAUUAAGCAACAAGAUAGGCUAAUACUUUCAUUUCAUUUCUUUCACCGACAAAAGUACAAUGUUAGGUCACUCACCCUUCUCACUGUCUAUCACGGAAUAGAAAGCGUACGUAGCCAAUUAGAUGCAAACAAUUUCAUAAAACGCCAGUAGAUUUACACUAAUACCUAAAAGCUAAACGCAGAGACGGAUUUUAGAGUCUUAAGUGUUAAACCUUAGAGCUUUAGAAAUUCUUUUAUUUUGAGGGGAGAUACUUAGUGAUAAUCUUACUACUUGGUGUCGUAUUCUAGAUGAUAGCGCCUGGAUAUUACCAAGCUGAGUGUUCUGAGAAAAAGCCUUGCAAAGAGGGAAUGUACUGUAACGUGCUCUACUGUGAAAAAUGUCAUAAACUUAACGUAGGCUGCAACAGCAAGGACCAGUGUUGUAAGGGAUUGGUCUGUACUUUUGGAAGAUGUGAGAAGAAGGCAGAAGGGGAUCCAGGUGAGGCAAUCAAAUAUUUCGAAAGAUCUCUCCAUCCUUUUUUGGUGUUUUUGACAAUCUUGCGAGCUCAUGACAACGUGUGCUUUUUGCAACUGGUGGUCAUAUCGUUUGUAGUGCUGACCUGGUGCUUGCUAUGACCAUUAUCUAAAAAAGCUACAAAUAUAAAGUAAAUAAAUCUUAUUAGACAUUUUGGUGUGUAGUAACGCUAAGUAUUUUUACGAGUUGUACCCUAUUUUGACGAGCCUGUAAGGCAAGUCAAAAUACAAACAACUCGUAAAAAUACAGAGCGAUACUGCACACCAAAACGUCUACUAAGUUUUCAUUAUCCAAUGGCUUUUUUCUGCUAAGUCUUUCUGCUCAUUUCUCAUGAGGCGGGAAAAGCAAAGCAGAUAGAGAAGCGUAGCGCGCGAAGCCGACUGGUUAAACAUGUUUUUUUACAUUAUAAAAUAACCAAGUGGCCAAAUAACCGUACAAUAUCGCAUGAUAUCUGUACUCUAUUCGCACGUUAUUUGCACUCUACUUUGUACCGUUGGACGAUCUGACCUUCCUCAGUAACAACUGCAAAGAUCACAACAGUUGCUGAUUCAAACUCGAUCAGAAAUACCCCAAUGGUUACCUAUAAAUAUGCGGAUCGUCAUUUGCUCUGAAUGCUUAUAUGUGAAGCGCUUAGCGUCCUGCACGCUUCACUACAAGAACUUUCAAGCCGACCUCUGUCUAUGCCAUCGACUGCACCAAAGGACGAGAAGUUAUCGAAGGAGCCUCUUAUUCGGUUGGUCACUCACAGAAAACUUCGGAUAUCCUUUCUUUGGAAAUAAACUUUGGGGAACGUUUUUGUAUGAAUGUGUAUAUCAUUGUUAUAAUUACCAUCCUAAUUGCUGUCCCUCGAGGUAGUCUACUGGAAUUAAAGACUAUAGCAAUCAAAGUGUCUUUUUCCCCCUAAUAUUAUAUUUUACGUUUUGAGAUGUUGAUUUCAGGCACAUUCUGUGAGAAGGACAGCGAUUGUAAAGAGGCGUGUUGCGUUUUGGAACCAACAAUCAACUCCCACUUGCCGAUAUGUAAACCAACCUUGGAGGAGUACCAUCAGUGCGCGGCCAUUUUGUAUCGAAAAAUAUGGGUAGGAGAAAAGCCUGACUGUGGACCGUGUAAGCCUGGGCUCGAAUGCGCUCAAAAAGGGUGAGUGCAAUAAAUUAAACCAAUAUAAUAAUAAUGAAUAACAAUGAUGACGAUCAGAAAUGAUUUAACUUGGUAACUGAUAGCGAUAAGAAUAACAGAAAAAUUAACGAGAGGAGAAACUCUCCCUAAAUAAUUUUUAAGGUCAUUACGGGUUUAUCCAUAGUAACCAAAAUUGAUUUUAAAUGGCUGAAUUAAUCAUUAUUUCUCUUUGUUAAACAGUGUGUUUGGAAGUCAUGAAGUGUGUAUGAAGCCAGACUAAGUGAUCAUCAAGUUCAGGAGACUACUUAACGUUUGUCUGAAGAAACUUGCUCGGUAAAGUCUACUUCGUCCCAGAACAGAAUCAGUUACUCAGUGCUCUGAGUAGGUACCGUGAGGAGGAGACUUCAACUAAGCGUCAGCUGGUUAUUUGUCUCUCAUUUCCUUAGUUGAAAGUGAAUACAUUUCAUAAGAAAAUAAACUUUUUUUAGACACUGACUUCAAGCAUGAUCGCUGUCCAGCUUCAUCAAUUUUAUUCUCCAAAUACUUCUACGUAAACAUUACAAAUUAUUCUUCCAUUUACAGACUUUUAAAAGCUCGUUGUCAGAUUUCUCUUCUGUUAAGUAGCUACGUCGGUGGGGGUAUAACAAGAUAAUUUGGUAAUAUCAGCUGUGUUAAUAAUGUAAAUUGGCCACCCUAAAGAGUUUCUAAAUCGAGCUGACGUUUUGAGCGUUAGCCCUUCGUCAGAGCAUAUAGAAAAAUCGUUAGAUAUUUGUGAUUUAUACUCUAUGCAGAAAAUGGAGCUAGGCUAUUGGUGGGAACAUGGUAACGAGAAGAACAGAAAUAAAUUGGUUGAAUGAAAAGCGUUCAUUGAUACUCGUGGGUAGUGCCGAUUUCAAAGAUAAGUUUUUGAUCUGGAGUUUUGCGGCUUUCCAAACGCCUAGAUAGAGGCAAAGGCCGUAGACUGUGAUAUCCUGCUUAGAAUGAUUUGGUAGAUUAAAAUGUGUAGCGACUCCUUUCUACGCGGCAAAGUUGUUCUCGGAAUCGAUCGCUUAUGUUGCCUUCCAGUUUCACAGAUGUGUACCUUACAUUCAGUUGUAAGAGCUUUAAGUUCUGGCAAGAGAUUAUUAAGAUUAUUUAUAAUCUUUUCGGCAAAAUAAUGUUUUUCACGACACGACAUGUACAAUGAAAUUAGCUUUUCCUGUAAGAAAACAGUUAUUUGGUUCCAGGGGUCUGUCAAAUUUAUUGCUCAGCUGGUGGUCGUCUUGCUUUUUACAUUAGUGACAUUUUAAAAUUCAUUAUUUGCUUCACUGCAAAUGAAGUUUCUUGGAUGUCAACUCCCCAUCACUGCUUACCUUAAAGCCAACAGUUGUUACAUUGAAGCUCAGAAAGAUGUCAUGUCAGGCGUUUUCCAUUCCAAAUUUCCCACACUUAGUAGUUCCAAUUCCGCCAACUGCUUGUCCCAGUUAAUGAAAUCACGAGUAUUAGGUUUUACACUUGGUAUUCUCCAAGCAGAUUUAUUCUCUAAUGUUUCCUCCUGUUACUUUUCUUUGUAUUGUAUAUCUUUUCCUAACUUAUAGGGCAUAAUAUAAAGUCAUCGUAAUUUGCUGUGUAGACAUUGUAAAAUGGACCAUAAACAAUCUGGUACUUGUGCUCUCGUUGACGUGGGCAUUUGUAUGAGAAUUGUAUUUUUCCCUUCUAUGCCCCAUAUAAGGAAUACCAAUAGGACUAGGAAACCUUAACUUGCAUCUUCAAUAACACAAUUGAGCAUCCUUUCUCGGACUGCAUCUCCAAGGUCCUCCGGUCCGACUUUUUUAGCCUGGUAAACAGGGUAUUUCCAUAGCCCACAUUUGUCCAAAGCCCUCCAGUACGUCUUGUAAUCUUUUCUACGUCGCACGUGAUUUUGAAAAUGAGCUUCCCGAUAGCCAAGGUAUUCGCGACUGUUGGUCGUUACACAUGGCGUUUGCCGACAGUAAAUACUCAUUUCGACCUCGUCCCCUCUUGCAUCAGCUAUUGUGGAGACAAAGUAAGAUAGUUGUUAAAGCGAAAGCGCAACUAAACGGUCGUGAAAUCUGAUAUGAUCAUGAGGGGACGCAAAUCGUCUGCACUGUAAGUACAUAUCAAGCUCCGCAAGAAGAGGGAAAUAGUUGAACACUUACAGUACAGACGAUUUGCGUCCCCUCAUGGUACAACCGGUCUUUCCGCCUUCAUUUUAUUUUGGACCAUUUUACGUACAUUUUUCAUGUUUUAUUGACACGUUUGCCUCAUGUGUAGCAUAAAAUGUCGCAACAAAUAUAACCUGUAGUUCUAAAGAAAAAACUCCUUUCAAAACAUUCUUAGGCAGGAUAAAACGUUUCGUAGGUGUUACGCAAGGCUGCAUUUUGGAAAAAGGAGGCAUGAAAAAGAAGCAGUCUAAGACGUGAACUGUCGCAUCAUAGGAAAAAACUGUGGUUUCCAAGUGUAUUCUAACUAGAAUUACCUAGCUCGGAAAAAAAAUCUGCUACUGGGAAAUGAUAGCUUUAGGCGAGUGUUUCAAGCUUGGUGGUGCAUUAUCACAGUGAUUAUAAGUAAAACUGUUAUCUUUAUCUUCCCAAAGUAUUGUUCUAAAGGUCAAAGAUCAUUCAGUAUUGUUGUAUUCACAUCAUACUUAGAUAAAAAACAAAACAAAACAAUAAAAAACAGAAAUCGCACGAUUUGUAGAAAAAGCCCAUACAGAUUAUUAGUUUGGCAUCAUCGACGCCUGGACAUGUUGAAGUGAAUCGGUGGCGGUUCAUUUGAGCGCUCCAGAACUUCUCCUGCAACGGUCACUCUGCUUUUUUUUCUUUCGCUUGGUUGGCUGCAGUUCAAGCUGUUUUGGAGUUCUGUAUGCCACAACGGUAGAUUGACAAAUUAUCUAGAGGUACCUUAGGCACCUUUCGUUGUAUUGCGCGCCUUCGGUAGCCGCUGACCAAUAGCAAGGGCAAUUGUUCUUGCUAUUGGUCAGCGGCUACCGCCUUUAAUAGGAGACUACAAAAUAGCGGCAAGGAAGUGAAAAAGUCAAGCUCGAGGUUUUGCUGCCACUGUAUUUGAAAAUGAAACUUAAAAGCUUUGCAGUUUUUUUAGCGAUUGGCUUUUCGAUUGCUUUUGUUUCUACGGUGGUUUAUUUGAUAUCAUCUGAAAGGGAUCGCAGGAAAAAGGUGCGUUGUAAAAGUGUCUACUGUUUGUUUUGGACGGGGGGUGUGUGAUGUCUUGCGGGAUUUAUCGUGCUUUCACUGUUGGUCAUUUUGUUUGGCUACUGCCUGUUCGCGUGUUUGUGGUCACUUGAGAAUAUGUAUCUAUACCACUGCUGAAUGUCAAAAUCUCAGUACUCCUUGAUCAUCAGUGCAUUUCCUACUAAUAGAUAUGAAACUUACUCACGGAUUUCUCUUUCACUGUAAGAUUACUUCCGGGGCACACAGGAACAAAUUACAUAUUAUCAUUUUUCACCUUUAUUAUGCCAUUUCUUGGUAAUUCUGGAUUUUAUUACUAUUAAUGCUUUUCUUUCAGAAUGAAGAAGAUGAUUACGAUCGAGAAACUCUAAACUUCCCAUUUUUACAAGAUGCCAAAACCAUUGAGUUUAUUAUGAAUUCUAAAACCAUGUUCAUAAUGAGAGGUUUACCUGGAAGUGGAAAAUCAGAAAUAGCACGAAAUAUAAAGCAGGUGUAUGGUGAUAUGGCUGUGAUCUGCUCAGCAGAUGACUUAAGGUUGAAUGAACAAGGGGAAUAUAUUUGGAAGAUGGAGGAAUAUGAGGAAACACACUUAAAAUGUAACAAAAAAGCAAGCAGAACCUGUGAAGAUGGGAUUCCGGUGGUUGUUAUAGGUAAGUGUUGAGGAUAGGAAUAAGAUCAUGUCAUGAAAUUCACUUGUAGCAGGGUGUGAAAUUGCCCCCAGUACACUGGCACCAAUGCGACUAAAUUUUUCACUCUGGCAACCAAAUCCUGAAAAUUAGUCGCCAAAUUGGUGACUAGAAUGCUUCAUCAUAACCUUACUUAAAGAUAAAGUGAAUUAAAUUGGACAUCCUAAUGUCCAAUUUGUAGCACGUUAAAGAUCUUUUUCCUAACUUAAUUUUGGAGGGUCUAUCUAGAACGCUGACAGUGUUAAAAAACAAGGUUUUAUUUGUCUUUAAAAAUGGUGACCAACUUUUUUUGAAUUGGCUACCACUUUGAAAAAUUUAGGAGCCAAAUGGCUAUCAGAAAAAAAAAUUAAUUUUACGCCCUGUGUAGGAAGAACUGUAACGCAUGGAAUAAUGAGAUGAGUCAUUAAUUGAGAGCAACUUCUCCAUGUUGAAGUUUAUUUUAGAGGUAUUAAGGUUAAAUGUUAAACCUCCUUCCCCCAUAUUAACUUCUUUUGAGUCCUUAGAAGAGGUUAUUCAACUGUUUGGGGGACAGAAGAGGUUCUGUUGUUCUAGUAAAAGAUUUUUUAAUUUUUUCAGUUCUAGACUAGUUCUUUUGAAAUUUUGGAUUUUCGCAAACUUAUCGACCCCUUAGCAGUCAAAAUAUAAGACUGCAAAAGGAAGGCAAAGACAAGGAACUUUAAAGCAUCUUUAAACAUUUUUAUAGGAAAGGCAUUUGAUAAGAUCCUCAAGAAUUUGAUGAAGAUCCUCAAGUAUCCCUUCAAGAUCCUUGAAAAGAUCCUAGAAAAGUUCUUUGCAAGGGAUCCCAUCUUGAAAGUAAAAAUGAGGAUAUUUCAAAGAUCUUUAAAGGAUCCUUUCAAGAAUUUUUUACUAAGAUCUUUGCUGGGAUCCACAUGGAUUUUAUCAGGAUCCUACAAAGAUCCUUGUAAAGACCUUUUUUUUUUAGUCAUGAUAUAUUAUUUCCGCAAUUUUAAAAAAGUGUUGACUGAUCUUUAUUAUAAAGAAUGUUCAAAAAAAUCCUUAAAUAUUUUCAGCAAAAUGCUAUAGUUUCCCUUGCAACAUCCUAAAUGGUCCUGAAAGAUUGUUGAGGAUUUUGAAAGAACUAAAAAGUUCUUUGGUAGUUUGUUAAAGGUCUUGGAAGAAUUGUAAAGAAAUAUGAAGAUGUUCGAAAGAAUGUCGAAGAGCAUAAAAUAUAUUGGUAAGAAUUUGAAAGAUUCUAAACAAUCUUUGCAGGAAUAUUGAAGAUCUUAACAAGAAAUGUGACAAUACUCAAGAUCUAAGCAAGAUCUUGAAGGAUCUUCUAAUUUAUUGUUAAGAUCUUCAAGAAUCUUUUGUUUUAUUGCUAAGAUCAGUAUAGGGAUAUUUGAAAUUCUUAGCAAGAUCUUUUGAAGAUUCUUGAAGAUCUGGAUCUUUCAUUUUCCUGCCAAGAUCAGGAAAAAUGAAAGAUCCUUUAAGAUCUUGGUAAGAAAAUGAAAAAUCCAUGAAGAUCUUGGCAAGAAAAUGAAAGAUCCUUUAAGAUCUCAAAAAGAAUUUUGAAGAUCCUCAAAGAUUUUUUAAAGAUCUUGAAGAUCCUCAGUAGGAUCCUCAAAGGUCCUCUGAAGAUCUUUCAGGAUUUUUAUAUAUCCUUCAUAUUUAAAGGUUAUGAAUAGUAUGUUGCAUUUUUUAAACGGAUCUUUAAAGAAACUUCAUUUGGCAAGUUUGUUUAACAAUUUUUAUUUGCAAUAUAUUGCAGAUAACACAAAUGUUGACUCCAGGAAGCUGUCCAAAUACAUCACCAUUGCACAUAAUACUGGUUACCAUGUGGUAUUGGUGGAACCCAGAACAUGGUGGAAAUACAACAUUACUGAACUAGUACUGAGGAACCAACACAGUGUAAAUGAGGAUACUCUGAGGGAUCAAAUGUCAAAGUUUAAGCAAUUUUUUGCUGUAUAUUAUGGAUGGUUUCCAUCAGAAGAGAAAUUAAGGACUUUGAAAGACUACAUGCUGCAGAUUUUGAGAGACUGCAUAGAAAAAAUCCCUUCAUUCAGAGAUCAGCUUAUCAAGGAGAAGUAUGAAGAUGCACAAGGCAAGGUUAUUUAUUUAGAAUUUUUAUAAUUUGAACAGAUAAUUUUAAUUUAAUUUAAAAACAUUUACCUCCUUUUAAGUAAAACAUUCUUGAAAGUAUUUUUAUUGUACUUUGAGUAUCAGUGAGUGACAUACAUGCAAAUUCUUUAAGUUGUCAGGCUGGUUCAUUUAAUUACUGGAAUCUAGGGAUCUAAAAAUUUUUUACUUGUUGAUGUGUAAUGUACCACUAACCUCCUCCCUUGUGGCAAGUAUUUAUUACAUCUCAUUUUUUUCUUUGCUCUGCACUUGUGACAAAUGUCUAAUGAGUUAGAUCUUUCUUUACUUGAUUACUGUGCUAGCAAUCAACUGGUCAUCUUUUUUUAUCUAUCCAUGCUCACAAACAAAAGGCUUUAGAAGUUGUUGAUAUUGGAAGGGUGCAGAAUGCUCGCAACUCGCAUUACUGAACAUCUGUGAACCCAGAAUGUGGUAGAAGCUUAAUACUAAUGUGCUCAGUGAAUGCUCAACUUGUCUUUUCAGAUUUCUCAACAACUUUGACAGAAGUUACAUGUGCUGCAUUAUCACUGUCAUGUCUAGAAAAACAGCCUUAUCGUCUCCAUAUAACAUCUUUUUUUGACCAAGGAAUAUUUGGUCAUAAAUCAAGUGACUAUGUAUCUUUGUCUGCUGUGCAAGAAGCUCUUGGAUCUGUAACAACAUUGACAGUCAUUGCAUGGACAAUCACACCAAGAGCUUUAACAGCAAGGGUCAAAUUAAGCCCAUCACAGUUAAAGUUGUGGAGAAACUUGGAUUCAGGUGCCUCAGGAGAGGAAGGACAUAACUUCAGAUUCAAAGUAAAUGCAUAUGAAUUUUUAGUUGUUUUCCUAAUAGCCCUUUUCCAAUUGAAAUUACCCUUAGCCUUGUUUGUUUUCGUUCUAAAGUAGAAUUCCAACCAUUACAAAUUGAAUUUAAUGCAUAGUAAGAUAUAUGAGUGUUGAAAGUAAUCUGGUAUUGCAUUGGUUUUGCUUUACUUUGCUCUGUGAUUGGUUCAGAAAAACUUGCAGCACUCUCUUAACCGAUCAAAUGCAAAACUAACACCAAUCAUGACUUGGUUACCCUCACUUUAGGCAGUUUUUUUGUAUUUACUUUAAGUUCUCAUUGGCUCUUCAGAGUUUUAACCCUUCUUCUGAUUGGCUAUUGUAAUUACUUUCAAUUGGUUUUGGUUUUACGACACUCAAUCCAAAAGUGCUCUUUGAUGUUCAGAUGAUGAAUGUGCUACACUCAGCAGAAGCAUUUCAGCUGACUCAAUCUGGUCAUUCAUUUUGCAAAUUAAAGAAUUUGCAUGCCAUACACAUCAUUUAUCAAAAUAUGAUUUGUUACUUAACUUACAAUUGCCACUUGCUUUUCCAUCAAUUUGUUGACAUUAACUUCUUGUAAAUGACACCCUUUUGACAAGAGAAUGCUUCAUAUAGAUCCUUUAGCUCCCAAGAUCUCAAUAAUUAAUUAUUGGAUGGGGUUAAGCAUGAUAUCAUAAAUUAUCAACGCCGAGGUCUGAGUUACCUACUGAAGCUUAGGCUGAGGCAGAUAACAUGGACAUGAGGUUUGAUAAUUCAUGAUAUUAUGUGAAAACAGAAUUCAAUAAUUAUUUUAUUAUACAUUAUUGAAACUAAUGGACAAGGGGCUUGGAAACUAGGUUUACUGAUAACCUAAUAUCUUCACACACUUUUGUAUAUUGACUAUAUGCUCUUGACCAACAAGGGUUUUCAUAGUAAGUCUUAUGUAUAAUUCUAAAUUUCUUACUUAUCUGGCUCAGGGAAUUGAUUGUUCUAUUGGUUGACAUAUUUGCUUAGAGUGAUAUAUUCCUUCCAUCAUAUUGCCUUACUGCUCAGCGAGAUUUUGAUAUUGUCAGGAGAACUUUUCAGACCUCACUCCAAGAAGUGAAAGGAUCAAGAGAGAAUUAUCAGCAUGGCCCUGUUAAAACAUAGACUUUGUGUGUCACUUUUGUACCAUGACUUAGUCUCCUACCUGGGAGUGGUCUGUUUUUACCUAAAUAGAAACUCCAGAUAUUGAAGGCAACCAAAAAUGUGCCUCCCCAUAGUUUUACUUUCCGUAUAGUUUUUAAUUUCCUUUCCACCAUAAAAUUUUUCAGGAAGCUGCAGCCUGUGUAUCUGAUACCGAAAGAUCUGCCUUUAUUCCUGUUUCAUAUGCUAACCUGGCUGUCAAACCAACAGUUGGUGUUGGAGACACAGCCCACAUCACUCUCUCCUUGCAGAGAGACACAAGGCCUCUUCAAGGGCGACAUGACAUGUGUGAGCUUGUUAGGCUGGAAAUGGCCAAUCAGGGUUACUUGGAGUAUGCAGUCACUAAGGGUCUGGCCCGUGACUAUGGCGAUGGACAUUGGGCUGUCUAUUUAAACGAACCUAUUUACAUUGAUGCACUUUUCACAGGGUUUUAUGGUUUCUGAUCUUGUCUAAGAAUCCUUUAAUGCUUUAAUUCCACUGAUUCACAACUGCGGUACCAUGGGUCUUGCCCUAAAUUGAACCAAAACUGAUUCCCUUUGGGUUUGCUCAACGCAAUCAUUGUAUUAUCUUAAAUAACUCUAAACAGGGAUAUGAACUCUUAAAUGCUGCAAAUUCAAGGUGAUUUUUUCCUGUAGGUUAUGUUGUUUACAGAUUUACCUUUAACAAGUUGAAACUCUCUUCCAGAAUGUAACAUAAUGCUCUUUUGAGAUCAUUCGUUUUGUUUUUUAGCGGCGCGAGCGUGUGGGAAAAAUUUUACCCCUCAUUGGUUGUAAAUUCAGUCGUUUCUUCCAAUCCUCUUACUAUACUCAUACUCUUGAUUACCCGCACAUCUAAUGAUUCCCUCUGACGAUCCGAGAUAAUGGGGGUUCAUUUAUUUUUUUACCUUUUUUUUCGCUAACUACCAAAAAAGAAGAAGAGGAGCAACAAGAAAUGGACGUAUUUGAUACAUUAUUUUGAUACAGUGAACAGAAAUCACUUUAUUUAUUGUUAGAAAAAGAAGCUAAAAUAAUUCAUCAAAAGAUUAAUCACAUAAUAGGUAAUAAAAGUGAG